AUGCAUUGGCCUGUGCCUUUAAAUCCCAAUGGUAACCAUCCACUAUUUCCUAAACUCGCAGAUGGAUCUCGUGAUGUCUUGCAGAAUUGGGAUUUUGUCAAGACGUACGACUCAAUGCAAACUUUGGUAGAGAACAAGCAGGCCCGGGCGAUUGGUGUAUCGAACUUCACCGUAAAGAACUUGAAGACAUUGUUGGAGGCUCCAUCGACUAGAAUCAAGCCGGUUGCAAAUCAAGUAGAAAUGCACCCUUACUUGCCCCAACCAAGAUUACUUGAAUUCUGCAGACAAAAUGAGAUUUUGAUUGAAAGUUACAGUCCUUUGGGUUCGACCAACUCUCCGUUAUUGACGGACGAUGUGGUCCUCAAAAUUGCCAGCAAGUAUGGAGUUACACCUGCAUCAAUUCUCAUCUCUUGGGCCGUAUGGAGAGGCACAGUUGUGUUGCCCAAAUCUGUGACGCCGACUAGAAUUGAGUCAAAUUUCAAGAUUGUUAAGCUCGAGGAUACCGACGGCGUGGAAUUGAAUCAACUUCACAAGGUCCGGGGAAUUAGUAGAUUGGUUUCUCCCGAUUGGGCACCUUUCGUAGUAUUUGAUUCCAACGAGUAA